CCUCCCUCCCUGCCUCCCUCCCUCCCUCUCCGGCUCUUUGCCUCCCUCACUCUCUUUCUUCUCUGUUGCUGUAUGACAGGCGACAGCAGCGGGCUCGGAUCGGCUGCUUUUGACCGGGAGUUAUCCCCCUCCUCUCCCUCUCGGGUGAUCCCUGCUCUGGUGCGCUCCUGGAACGCGGAGGUACUGGGGAUGGAUCUCGUCAUGGGGUCAGCAUCAGCAUCAGCACCAGCUCCAGCGGCGCCAGCAGCGCAGCCACACUUUACUUUGUCCACCACCGCGCUGGAUCACGAAGAGAGCGCACUAAAGUAGAAACUCACCAAUAAAACAAAAACUGCAGGCUCUCGCGGUCCAUUUCCCACGAAUCGGGAACUUCCCCCCCACCCCCACCCUUAGAAAUACACGCCGUUUAUCCGGUUAGGUUGUGGAAUGGAGAUCCCAACUUUCCUGCUGUCGAGUCUUUUGGUGCUCUUCGUCGGAGGGGGGAUUUUCACCAGGGCCAUGCUGAGUGACAUUGGGGACUAUGUAGGUUCAGACAUUCAAAUAUCCUGGUUACCUAAUCUGGAUGAAUUAAUGAAGGGCUAUGCCAGAAAUUUCCGCCCUGGGAUAGGAGGUCCACCGGUGAAUGUGGCCAUGGCUAUCGAGGUGGCCAGCAUUGACCACAUCUCUGAAGCCAACAUGGAAUACACCAUGACCGUCUUCUUGCGGCAGAGCUGGCACGAUGACCGUCUGUCUUACAAUCACACCAACAAGACUCUGGGGCUGGAUAGCCGGUUUGUGGACAAGCUGUGGCUUCCUGACACCUUCAUCGUCAAUGCCAAAUCUGCUUGGUUUCACGAUGUGACUGUGGAGAACAAACUCAUCCGCCUGCAGCCUAAUGGAGUCAUUCUGUACAGCAGCCGAAUCACUUCGACGGUGGCGUGUGACAUGGACCUGACCAAGUACCCCAUGGAUGAACAGGAGUGUAUGCUGGACCUGGAAAGCUAUGGUUACUCCUCAGAGGACAUUGUGUAUCACUGGUCGGACAGUCAGAGACACAUCCACGGACUUGACAAAUUAGAGCUCUCCCAGUUCACGAUCACGGACUACCGCUUUGUCACAGAGAUGAUGAACUUCAAAUCAGCGGGACGGUUUCCAAGACUCAGUCUUCGCUUCGAGCUGAGACGAAAUAGAGGCGUCUACAUCAUCCAGUCCUACAUGCCCUCCAUAUUACUGGUUGCCAUGUCGUGGGUGUCCUUUUGGAUCAGCCAAUCAGCAGUCCCCGCUCGUGUUACGUUAGGGAUCACUACUGUUCUCACCAUGACCACUCUGAUGGUGAGCGCCCGCUCCUCCCUGCCACGGGCGUCGGCCAUCAAAGCCCUGGAUGUCUACUUCUGGAUCUGCUAUGUGUUUGUGUUCGCAGCCCUCAUCGAGUAUGCCUUUGCUCACUACAACGCUGACUACCGACUCAAAGAGAAGGCCAAGGUGAAGGCCAACAAGCUCGGCUCUGAGUCCAUUGUUAAGAACGGCAAACAGGCCAUGGUUCUGUUUUCCCUGUCCGUCACCGGCAUGAAUCAGGGCGUGGUUAUUUCUAACCGCCACGGUCGGGCGCAGCACCCCGGCAGCGAGAUCCCGGGCGAGGGCGCCUCAGAGGAACCCGAGCCCAGGAGGAGGAGAUCCAGGCCGGCCGAGGAGAGCCAGGAGGAGAAGAAGUGCUGUUCCAAGUGCGUCUGCAAGCCCAUCGACGCGGACACCAUCGACAUCUACGCCAGAGCCGUGUUCCCCUUCACCUUCGCCGUGGUGAAUGUGAUCUACUGGGUGGCCUACACCAUGUGAAGAGGAGGCAGAGCCGUACAGAAGACACUGCUGGAGUCGUAUCACUUUAACGCUGGCAGACUGACGCAGCCGAGCGAUACUGCAGGCUUCAGCAAGAAUCCACUUCAGAAAAAUGAAGUAUAUAACAGCCUGUGAAUAUGGAAAUAUGGUCAUUCAUGGAAAUAGUGAUGAGUUUAACAAGUGUAAAGAGGACUUCAGUAUAUUUAACAACAGAUAGAGCUAUAUAAAGGCGAAGGACUGUGGUGCCUGCAGAGGUUCACACUGAAUACUGUUUAAAAAACACAUAAUUUUACGCAAAAUUCUACUAAAUUAAGACAAAUAAUCAUAGUUAGCCAAACUCUCCUCUGUGAGCCGCCCGUCCUCUCAAGAGGCGAUUCACCUC